CCGGGCCGGGCCGCGGCGGCGGCGGGGCCGCGCCGCGCCAUGGCCCAGCAGCAGAUGAGCAGCUCGCAGAAGGCGCUGAUGCUGGAGCUGAAGUCGCUGCAGGAGGAGCCGGUCGAGGGCUUCCGCAUCACCCUCGUCGACGAGUCCGACCUCUACAACUGGGAGGUGGCGAUCUUCGGGCCCCCCAACACCCUCUACGAGGGCGGCUACUUCAAGGCUCACAUUAAAUUUCCUAUUGACUAUCCAUAUUCACCACCUACCUUCAGAUUCCUGACCAAAAUGUGGCAUCCCAACAUUUAUGAGAAUGGAGAUGUAUGUAUUUCAAUUCUUCACCCACCUGUAGAUGACCCACAAAGUGGAGAGCUGCCAUCUGAGAGGUGGAAUCCUACCCAAAAUGUCAGGACUAUCUUACUGAGUGUAAUCUCUUUGCUUAAUGAGCCCAACACGUUCUCUCCUGCCAAUGUGGAUGCAUCAGUCAUGUUCAGGAAAUGGAGGGACAGCAAAGGAAAAGACAAGGAGUAUGCUGAAAUCAUUAGGAAACAGGUUUUGGCUACUAAAGCUGAGGCAGAGAAGGAUGGCGUGAAGGUCCCCACCACGCUGGCAGAGUACUGCAUCAAAACUAAAGUGCCUUCCAAUGACAACAGUUCGGAUUUGCUUUACGACGACUUGUACGAUGACGACAUUGAUGAUGAAGACGAGGAGGAGGAAGAUGCCGACUGUUAUGAUGACGAUGAUUCUGGCAAUGAGGAGUCGUGACCUGCUCCCUCUAUGCCCCUGUACUGCCCUGCCGACUCAGGCCAGAAGGGAGCAGCGGUAACCUAGCAGCAGUCCAGCAAAAAAGUGUGUGGGGGGGGGAUCAACAAACUUUUGUCUCCUGCUGUCUCCUGUUGUAUGGAUCUGUUUGCUCCUUUUUUAUGGACCUCUUAGAGACCCUCCACAGAAUGUCUGAAUUCUUGCAUUCUUAACCCUUUCAUCACUGUAUUAUGAUUUCUUUUUAAAAAAGAAACUCCCCUUUUCACUUCUCUACGAAACGCUCACAGCGAAACAGGUUUGCUCGCGUUUAGAUUUUUGAAUUAAAUACAGUCUUGCAUUGAGAUGUUUAAUGUAUUUAAAGCUGGAACAAACCCAUUGGAAGCUGGGUUUUUGGGAGCUCAAGUGCUGCAUUUACUGGGAAGAAAAAUCCACACAAAGCAAAUUGCCAAGGUUUAGCUGCUCCAUUUACAAUAAUAGCGUGUGUACAUUCGUUUAGCCUUGUGGUGGUGGCUUUUCCUUUUUAAGGUGUGGGGCGGAGAGUGUAAAGCUACUGUGUGUUGAGCUUGAUGGGAUGUUACUGAAAGGUACAGUAUUCCUUUUCAGCCUGCUCAAGUUAGGAAAUAGCUGGCCCUUGGAGCCUCAGAGGGCACAAUCAGCUUUGUCUCUGAAAAAGGCUUGUUCUAUGAACCCUAAAAUAAACACUUAACACUUCACGUCUGUACAACUGA